AAAUACCUUUACAGAUCACACACACAGAGAGACACCUCCCUCUCUGCAAAUUCCUUUUCAAAAAUAAAUCCAUAUAAUAACAAUUCUCUGCAUUUCAAUGUAUUGAACAUUGAGAGAUAGAGCGGAAACAACAAUGGCAGAAGAAGAAGAAGAAUACGGUGACGUGGAACUAAGCGACAAGCAGAAAAAAGAGAUCGCUAAAUGGUUCCUUCUCAACUCACCCGCUGGUGAAAUCCAAUUCGUCGCUAAAGAUUUGAGAUCGGUUUUAAAUGACGAGAGAGUUUAUAAUGAAGCCGCAGGAGAUGCAUUUCCUCUUUACAAUAAAUCUCACAUGGUUUGCCUUGAAUUUCCCGAUAGAAGCGGAGAUGUGCUAGUUACUUCUUAUAAUGAGCUCAAUAAGAAUGAGUAUCUUGAUCCUAGAACUGCACAGGUGGCUAUUGUUAACCAUGUUAAGCAAGUUUGUACAGUGGUAAGACCUGCAACUGAUGAGGAACUUCCAUCGCCUUAUAUCGAGGAAUUCCGUUGUUCUCUAGAUGCAGAAAUACUUAAAUAUGUUGGUGAAGCUUAUCCAAAAGGACUUUGUUCUGUGUAUUGUCUUAAAGGAAAAGAUGUGGAGGGACCGGGAUCUAAUUUUGAGCUUGUUGUGGUGAUUUCUGCUGUUAGAAAUAGCCCACAGAAUUUCUGUAAUGGAAGUUGGCGCUCAGUUUGGAACAUUGAGUUCAAGGAUGAUGAACAAAUGCUGAGAAUAACAGGCAAAAUAGAGGUGGGUGCCCAUUAUUUUGAAGAGGGAAAUGUUCAGUUGGAUGCGAAAUAUGAUUGUAAUGAUGAAACCAUAUUUCAGGCCCCUGAUGAUUGUGCAAUUUCCAUAGCCAACAUCAUUCGCCACCAUGAAACAGAAUAUUUAGCAUCUCUUGAGGCAUCCUAUUCACAUCUGCCAGAUACAACUUUCAAGGAUCUGAGGAGGAAGCUUCCAGUUACUCGUACCCUUUUCCCGUGGCACAACACCUUACAAUUUAGCCUGACAAGAGAUAUUCAGAAGGAACUUGGAAUUGGAAAAUGACGACUGCCACACUAAAUGUAUACACCUCGUGACCUUGUAAAAUUGUGGUGAGAUUCCAACAGAUUACUUUGUUCGGUCGUUGAGAAGCAACUUGGAAGUGGAAAGUGAGUGUCUGAGUAACGCCAUGCUGGAAGUAUUGUGUAAAAAAAAAGAGGUGGUGAGACCUGGAAAUACUGGUCAAUCCUGUCUUUGGAUCUGAUUUCAGAGUUCUUUGCUUUCCUUCUCUCCCUUUCGUGUUUAGUGGUUCUGCAGUUUGUUCUUCCAAUUGUUCUCUCCCGUCAGAAUUCCUCUCAGUUUUGGCGUGUAGCUCUGUACUAUCAUUAUGUAUAGCCGUGUUGUUAAUGAUAAUUAUUUUCUUUUUGUUAUAUGAGAAAUCUUUUCAAAUUUGUAAUAUCAUAUGAGCUUUGAAACUGUACAAGUGAUGGAAAGAGGAGAUCGAACACAAUUACCUGGAUUAAGUUAUGUUUGUUAUCGAACUGCAUGGAUAUGAUCAUUUAUGAA